AUGUUGGCGCGGUGUCUGCUGCCGCUGCUCUGCGCCCUGUCCGCAGCGGAGGCCGACUUCCUCCACCUCGGCAGCAUUAGCAACGCCUCCACCUACUAUUUUAAUUACUUCUACUGCAACAUCUGGGAGGGGGAGUGUCAGCCCCACCAGGACGAUGCCUCGCAGCAAGUUCCUGUCGGGGACCUGUGGGCAGGUUUUCCUCAGGACUACGUCAGCCUGCUCCAUCAGUGGUACUGUCGUCUGGGUCAGUGCUGCGAGUCUGGAGACUGCAGGAUAACCAACAACAUCACAGGUUUGGAGAAGGACCUACAAACCAAGCUCCACGGGCAGCACCUGGCCCAGUCUGUGGUUCUUAAAGCCAUUCAGGGUUUCAUCGUCAACCCAGAGCCCAACAAGCCUCUGACACUCUCCUUCCAUGGCUGGUCUGGAACUGGCAAGAACUUUGUGGCCCGGAUCAUCGCUGAUAACCUGUAUCGGGACGGGGUGAAGAGUGAGUGCGUGCGCUUGUUCAUCGCCCCGUUCCACUUCCCACACGCCAGACUAGUGGACACGUACAAGGGCCAGCUGAGAGACGCCAUCCGAGACACGGUGCUGCGCUGCCCGCAGACGCUGUUCAUCUUCGACGAGGCUGAGAAGCUCCAUCCAGGUCUUAUUGACGCCAUCAAACCCUUCAUGGAUCACUACGACAACGUGGAUGGAGUCAGCUACCGCAGAGCCAUCUUCCUCUUCCUCAGUAAUAUUGGUGGUGCAGCAAUCAACGAUGUAGCGCUGGACUUCUGGCACUCCGGUCAGAAUCGAGAGGAUAUCGGUAUGGAAGAUCUGGAGCAUCGGCUUCGAGCUGAAACUAUUGAGUCUCAAGGUGGGUUUGCUCAGAGUGAGUUAAUGUCUGGUCACCUGAUUGACUUCUUUGUACCGUUUUUGCCUCUGGAGUACCGUCAUGUUAAGCUCUGUGCACAAGAUGCCUACAUUGCACGAGGUCUAGAGACCGAUGAAGCAACACUGGAUGAGGUGGCUAAGGCAAUGUUGUACAUCCCCAAAGAGGAGAGACUGUUCUCAGCUCAAGGAUGCAAGUCCAUACCACAGAGGAUCAACUUCUUUCUCCCCUAGACGUAUAGGGAGAGCGUGACCUGCAGGAGGUGUUUGAUUGCUUUACCAGCCCGUCUGCCUACAGAGCCACAUGGGAGAGGUCUCCUUUGCCCUGUGCACUGUCCCCACCUGUCUGCCCAUGUCCCUCACAGACGAAUGGACAGCAGGACAGAUCCUGCAGGGGGGAGCAGGGUGUCCCGUC